CUUACAUCUGGUGUGACUUGCAAUUCACAUUCGCACUCACAUUCACUCCUACCUUGAGCCGCUCCAACCUUACAAGCACUGAUUUACAUCACAAUUCCGCGUCUGCUAUCAAACCCUAAAUUCAACCUCUCGUUCUUGCUACUACAUUUUCCAUCUACGAAAGCAAAUCAUGAAGCCUGGGAAUCGCACGUUCAUAAUCUCCGCCGGCGCCUCUGGACUCGCUCUCGCCGUCGCCCGGGACUUACACUCCUCUGGUGCCUACAUCUCCCUCCUCGACCUCAACGCGUCCUCCGGCUCCGAAAUCAUUGCCGAGCUCGGCAGCUCGCGCGCCAGAUUCUUCGAAACAGACGUUUCCGACACCGGAUCGAUAAAGGCCGCUAUACAAAAAACAUUAAAAUGGGUUAAGCAGACGGGGAAGGAGAUUGGAGGAGUAGUGGCGGGUGCGGGAGUGGGACUGCCAGGUUUGAUAGUCGAUAGGAAGAAUGAGCCGUUGAGUAUUGAGAGCAUUGAUUUUGUGCUGAACAUUAAUUUGCGAGGGACACUCGAUUUGAUUAGGCAGGCUGUGCCAUAUAUGACGACGGUUAAGCCAGAAGGACCGGAUGGCGAGCGUGGCGUCAUAAUUAUGAUUGCUUCGUCUGCGGCGUUUGAUGGGCAGAUGGGCCAGGUUGCGUAUGCGGCUUCUAAGGGUGCCAUAGCAUCUCUCACGCUUCCUCUUGCGCGUGAUUUGUCGAAGUAUGGUAUCAGGGCGGUUACCAUCGCACCAGCGCUGUUCGAGAGCAAUAUGACGAAAAUGAUGGGGAAGAAGGUGAAGCAGAGUUUGGAGAAUGCGAUGGAGUUCCCCAAGAGAGCGGGACAGCCGGUAGAGUUUGCUCGGAUCGUGAGGGAUAGCAUCGAGAAUGUAAUGCUAAAUGGGACGGUUUUGAGACUAGAUGGUGGGAUGAGGAUGCCGGCGAGGCUGUAGAGGACUAGUCUUUGGUGGGCUUCGUUUAUUUUACUUUUAUUUGGGAGACGAUCUGCAACAGUAUUAGAACACUCUAAGAGGUAGUACGGCCAAAGCUCACCCAAUUGUUCA